UGGGGUGUUUAUUCAUGGGAAUGUUAUUCCCACCGGUGUCUUAGGUAUUUUUUCAUUCCCGUGUUAAGGGCUACCCUUCUUUUCCUGUUUGUCUCUGCAUAUCUUCUUCUUCCCGCGAGCUUGACAGUGCGAAAAAUUUCGUUUUCCCAGUGAGAUUCUCAUGAUGUAGACUCAAAAUCAAAUCUUUUGCAUAUAAAACCGAAGAAAAAUGCUUGUGCUUUCCCAUCCUCAAAGCAAAGAAACAACCCAUUCAUUGUACGAACUGCUCUCUCCAUGGUUCUUCCAGUUUGAUUUCGAUAAAAAUGGUGGAAGAAACUAACCAACCCGAAUUUCAAUCCUCUGCAUCAACCACCGUAGUCAAACGAAAAUCCUCAUGGCCGUCCGUUCUCCGUUGGAUUCCGAUAUCUACCGAUCAAAUCAUCGCCACCGAGAAACACCUUCUCUCCCUCGACAAGUUUCCAAGAAGUUCUUUCCUGAAUUAGCUGUUGGAUUUGAGGACCCUCGUAUUCAUCUUCAUGUUGGUGAUGCUAUUGAGUUUCUUCGUCAUGUUCCAAAAGCGAAGUAUGAUGCGAUCAUUGUUGAUUCAUCAGAUCCUGUAGUGGUGUGAUUGGUUUCUUGUAAUGCUCCACAGAGGGACUAGUGGUUGAUUUUCUGAAUCCCAUAAACCCUAUUGAGAAGCUAGAUGGAGCUUACCAUCAUAAGAGAGAACUUAGAUUUUACAACUCUGAAGUGAGAACUCAUUCCAUCAAGUUCAGUUUUCACUCUUUCACUCUUCUGCAGAGUACCUGAUGCAUAGGGCUGCUUUUGCAUUGCCUCCAUUCCUGAAGAGGGAGGUGAGGCUAUUUCGAGACUGAUGUGGCGGAACAAAGAACUUGCCUCUCCUGAAGCAAAUAUGUAGACUUGCGAUUGGUUAACUUAUUCCCAUAAACUGAAAUACUUUCAUUCAGGACAUAGGCAAUAAAUAAAUAUUUUCAACAUGUAGGUGCAACUGGAGCCAUUCUAGUAUGUAUUAUGGUUUUAUU